AUGAAGAUCACACUCGCUUUUAGUAUCAUUACUCUUUUGGCUUCUACCGCCGUCACUGCCAUUCCCGUACCAAUGACUUCGGAGGCUGCUGCACCUGCACCUGCCCCUUCUCCAACUCCCGCUCCUGCACCUGCCCCCGCUCCCGUAGAAGACUGCAGUGAAGAUUGUGGCGAAUCAACUCCAGGAACCACCGAGGCGGCUGCUGUACCUGCUCCUGCUCCUGCGGCACCUGACUCUGGUAGCUCCGGUGGCGAUACCAGUGACACAGGUAGUACCCCCGCUCCCGCUCCCGCUCCUGCCCCAGAGGCCCCUGCUCCCGCACCAGCACCAGCACCCGCCCCGGAGGCACCGGCUUCAGCUCCUGAAUCGCCUGCUCCAGCUUCUCCUCCCUCCUCCCCACCUGCAUCGGAAGGGUGUACCGGUGAAGACUGUGCAUCCUCUUCUCCCUCUCCGUCUUACGGAUGUGAAGGUGAAGGAUGUGAAUCCCCUUCUACCCCUGAACUUCCUUGCGAUGAAUUCGGAAACAUCAUUGGGGGUGGCGGGGGCGGAAAGCCCAGUGGUCACGGUGGUGCUUCUCCCAUCGGGGGAGGAGGCGGUAGCCCUGGUGGUGGUGGCCAUGGAGGAGGAGGUGGUGAUCAUGGAGGUGGCGGUGGUGGUGGUGCCCCUUGUUAA